UGGGAGGCUUGCCCCUGAAAGAGCUCAUUGUAGGGAGGGAUGAGACUCUGUGCCCCCCCACCUCCUCUCCUUAAACUAGCUGGUCAGCACUGGAGGGAUUAGUGAAGGCAGCUCCACUCACCAACUCACAGACGGUGUUUGGAGGGAGGAGGAGGAGGAGGAGGAGAAGAAGGGGGAUUGAUUGCAACAAGCGUGAAUCAUGCUCGUCGUCAUUACUACCGACUGGGAGUGGAGCCGAAAUUGUGCAAGAUACGGAUAACAUAGAGGAGAGGGUCCGUGUGGAUCGAGUCAAGUUUCUCCUUGUGUUUUUUGCCGUGAAAAUGCCUCACCAGGGGCUCUGCCGCCGCUGCUGCUUCUGCCGCAGCUGCAGCCGCCGCUGCCGCCGCUCGGACCCGUCGCGUUAUGCUGCCUCCCUCACAUGUGCUUAAUGUUCAAGACGUGACCAGGAGAAAAGCUGCAGAGAAGCCAGCGACUGAGCAAGAAAACAACCAAAGGGGAUAUUAUUUUACUUAUUUUUUAUUUUUUUUAAACGCCGCGCGGAGAUUUUUUUAAACUCAAGAAGUCCCAGAGAGAGGCGCGUGUGUGUGUGUGUGUGUGUGUGUGUGUCGGGAGGUGAAAAGUUGUACUUGUUGGGCAAAGAGGAAACAUGGGGAACGCAGGGAGCAUGGACCAACACACUGAUUUCAGAGGACACAACAUGCCUCUGAAACUGCCCAUGCCCGAUCCGGGUGAACUGGAGGAAAGAUUUGCGACCGUUUUGAACUCGAUGAAUCUUCCUCCAGACAAAGCGCGACUGUUGCGGCAGUAUGACAACGAGAAGAAGUGGGAGCUCAUCUGUGAUCAGGAGCGAUUCCAAGUGAAAAACCCGCCUCACACGUACCUCCAAAAGCUGAGGAGUUAUCUAGACCCAGCAGUCACAAGGAAGAAAUUCAGACGGAGAGUUCAGGAGUCCACCCAAGUCCUGAGAGAACUGGAAAUUUCGUUACGGACCAAUCACAUAGGGUGGGUCAGAGAGUUCUUAAAUGAAGACAACAAAGGCCUGGACGUGCUGGUGGAGUAUCUUUCUUUUGCACAGUAUGCCGUCACGUUUGAUGGAGACGGUGUGGAGAAUAACCCAGAGGCUGCCAUGGAUAAGUCCAAGCCCUGGAGUCGUUCUAUAGAAGACCUACAUGGAGGAAGCACCCUGCCGUCUCCUAUCAGUGGGAACGGCAUCACACGUGCUGGACGACAUUCCACGUUACGUUGCAACACGCUGCCGAGCAGGAGAACGCUGAAAAACUCCCGACUGGUCAGCAAGAAAGACGACGUCCAUGUGUGCAUCAUGUGUCUGCGUGCUAUCAUGAACUACCAGUAUGGCUUCAACAUGGUCAUGUCACACCCACAUGCUGUGAAUGAAAUUGCACUAAGUCUCAACAAUAAAAACCCGAGGACGAAAGCUCUGGUUUUGGAGCUUCUGGCGGCAGUUUGUCUCGUGAGAGGAGGCCACGAAAUUAUUCUCUCUGCGUUCGACAACUUUAAGGAGGUGUGUAUGGAGACACAGCGGUUUGAGAGGCUAAUGGAGUAUUUCAAGAAUGAGGACAACAACAUUGACUUCAUGGUGGCUUGUAUGCAGUUCAUCAACAUAGUCGUGCACUCUGUGGAGGACAUGAACUUCAGAGUUCAUCUGCAGUUCGACUUCACCAAGCUGUGUCUGGAUGACUACUUAGAUAAACUGAAGCAUACAGAGAGCGAUAAGCUGCAGGUCCAGAUCCAGGCCUACUUAGAUAAUGUGUUUGACGUGGGAGCCCUUCUGGAGGAUGCAGAGACCAAAAACGCUGCCCUGGAGCGAGUGGAGGAGCUGGAGGAGAACAUGUCACAUAUGACGGAGAAGCUGCAGGACAUGGAGAACGAGGCCAUGUCCAAGAUCGUGGAGCUGGAGAAGCAGCUGAUGCAAAGGAACAAGGAUCUUGAAGCCAUCAGGGAAAUCUACAAAGACACCAGUUCGCAGGUACACUCACUGCGGCAGAUGUUGAAGGAGAAGGACGAGGCCAUCCAGCGACAGAGUAACCUGGAGAAGAAGAUCCACGAACUGGAGAAACAAGGCACCAUCAAAAUCCACAAGAAGGGAGAUGGAGACAUCUCCAUCCUGCCCACAACACCAUCUGGUGUGGAGGGUUUACCAGGUGCCACAGUGGGAGGAAAUGGUGCAGCUGUUGGUCCAAGUCAUGUGGGAGCCGAAGCAGUCAUUCCCACUCCACCACCACCGCCACCUCCGCCACCACCUCCACUACCAGUGAACGGCACAUUGUUAAAUGGACCAUCAUUGGCCAUUCCUGCAGCAGCAGUAGCUCCCCCACCUCCUCCACCCCCACCUCCACCUCCACCUCCUCCCCCAGGGCCAGCCUCAGAGAUUUCUGCACCUCUGCCACCUCCACCCCCUCCUGUAGCCCCCCCACUGCCCGGCUGUGGGACACCCACCGUCAUCAUGAACUCUGGGUUAGCAGCUGUUAAGAUCAAGAAACCCAUCAAGACAAAGUUCCGUAUGCCCGUCUUCAACUGGGUAGCUCUGAAACCAAACCAGAUAAAUGGGACCGUCUUCAAUGAGAUCGAUGAUGAGCGGAUACUUGAGGACUUGAAUGUGGACGAGUUCGAGGAGAUGUUUAAGACGAAGGCCCAGGGGCCGUCAAUCGACCUCUCCUUGAGCAAACAGAAGGUCAUCCAGAAGGGGCCCAACAAGGUGACGCUGCUGGACUCCAACAGAGCAAAGAAUCUGGCCAUCACACUGAGGAAAGUGGGCAAGACUCCUGAGGAGAUCUGCAAGGCCAUUCAGAUCUUUGACCUACGAACCCUGCCGGUGGACUUUGUGGAGUGCCUGAUGCGCUUCCAGCCCACGGAGAAUGAGAUUAAAAUCCUGCGGCAGUUUGAGAAGGAGCGCAAGCCGCUGGAGAGCCUGACGGACGAGGACCGCUUCAUGAUGCAGUUCAGUAAAAUCGAGCGUCUCAUGCAGAAGAUGACCAUCAUGGCCUUCAUCGGCAACUUCUGUGAGAGCGUGCAGAUGCUCACACCGCAACUCCAUGCCGUCAUCGCAGCAUCUGUGUCCAUCAAGUCGUCUCAGAAGCUGAAGAAAAUCCUGGAGAUUAUCUUGGCACUUGGAAACUACAUGAACAGCAGCAAAAGAGGAGCAGUGUAUGGAUUCAAGCUGCAAAGUUUAGACUUGCUCCUCGAUACCAAGUCAACGGAUCGUAAGCUCACACUGUUACACUACAUAGCUAAUGUGGUAAAGGAGAAAUACACGCAAGUUUCGCUCUUCUACAACGAGCUGCACUAUGUGGAGAAAGCUGCAGCCGUGUCGUUGGAGAAUGUCCUGCUGGAUGUUAAGGAGCUGAACAGAGGCAUGGAGCUGACCAAAAGAGAGUACAGCAUGCACGGCCACAACACCAUGCUCAAAGAAUUCAUCGCACACAAUGAGAGCAAGCUGAAAAAGCUCCAGGAUGAUGCCAAGAUUGCACAGGACGCCUUUGACGAGGCGGUAAAGUUCUUCGGAGAGAACUCCAAAACAACUCCGCCCUCCGUCUUCUUCCCUGUGUUUGUGCGAUUUGUUAAGGCUUACAGGCAAGCGGAGGAGGACAACGAGCAGAGAAAGAGACAAGAGCAGAUUAUGAUGGAGAAACUUCUGGAACAGGAGGCCAUGAUGGAGGAAGACCAGAAGUCUCCAUCUCAUAAGAACAAGCGGCAGCAGCAAGAGCUGAUCCAGGAGCUCAGGAGGAAACAGGUGAAAGACAGCCGCCAUGUCUACGAAGGCAAAGAUGGAGCCAUUGAAGACAUUAUUACGGCCCUAAAGAAGAAUAAUAUUACUAAAUUUCCAAAUGUCUACUCGAGGGUAAGGAACUCCUCCAGUAGCACCCCUGUAGUGGUGGAUGUGUCCCAAACCUGAUUUGAGGAAUCAGCCUUACAGGCGAGCAGACGCUGUGCGGAGGAGUGUCAGGAGACGCUUUGACGAUCAGAACCUGCGGCCGGUGAACAACGGCGAAGUGGUCAUGUGACGAGGGAACAGUGAAUGUGCUGGGGGCGGGGGUUUCGAUGCAGACGGAUGCAGAAGGAUGAGAAGUGAAAGAUGACAAGUGUUGAUGUAGCAACCACAGAGAUGAGUAUGUAUACAUAUUACAUAAGAAUACAGGUUAUUCCAUGUCUGUGGUGCAGUAGCUUUUCACUAUGAAGGACUGGGACACGUAUGGGACUGAAUUUAAAGGGUCUGAAAGGUUGAUUCGCAAACCUUAGACAAGCCAAGUGCCUGAAGUUAUUUUUGUGGGCUAAUGUUACGCUGUCUUCUUUUUGUCUGAUGGCUGUUUUUGUUUUUAAAUACUUCCCACUUCAAGCAAUACGACUUGACCUGGCUUUAAUUUUAAAAGGUGUGUAAAAGUGGACUCGCAACGGCCCCAAGAGCCACGUGAAGACAUGCCUGUAGAAUGUAUGGGACGCGUUCCCUUUAGCUGUUACAUCUUUUAGAGUCGACUUCGACACUCAGUAAUAUCUCAGUACAUUCCAGUACUCCUUUCCAUUCCUCAUACUACAUAGACGUGCUACUUUUCUUGGACAUCUCACAAGGCUUUUCAACUUUGACUAAAAAAGGGCUGAUUAACACGCAUGAAGAUCAGAAAAUCAUUAAAAUACUUCAUUUGUACUAAAGUAAAAGGUAUAAGGCUGAUGAAGAAUGCAGUAAUUCAUGUCAAAAUGAGGCCUGGCUAAUGUGAAGUGUAUGCAUUCGGGGUCUCCAUUUAAAAACGUUGCUUUUCUGUAGCAGCACAACAAAUAAAUCAAAUACAGAGCAAAUGAGCCAGCAACAUAAAACACAUUUUUCUACCAAACCUAGAAACUGGAUGAAAAAUACUGAACCCAACUGGAUGAACUCGUUAUGAAAACUGGAUGUAACUUUGCAUUUCAUCUCUGUCAACUUUUUUUUUGUUUGUUUUUUUUUUUAUUUUACAGCUCAAUUAUAUUCCAGGCUACUGUGUCUACUCACUUUGUUGUAAUUUUGAUGUAUAGUAUUUAACCACUGAAAGGAUUCCUUUAAGCUCGUGUUUUCAUCUAAAUGUGUGUCAUUAAAAACAUGACAAAACAAAAAGUACACAACACAAUUAAGUUUCCUAAAUGUACAGAUAUUUUGCUACAAACCAUGUUUUUUUUUUAUUACUUAAUUCACAUUAGCAGAUGGUUAAUAUUGUACAUAUUGUUUAAACAAAAGUUUUCAUUGCCUUGUGCUAUUCAACUUGAAUGUUAUUUUAACUUAUAGUUUCCAUUUUUGUAUAUUUAAUUAAGCCAAAUGAAUCUACAGUAGUGUAUUAAAUCAUUGUGUCUCACUGUCACGCAGGAGGCAGCGAAUCACUGAGUUUGCUUGUCGGUGUGCCACACGGGCGCCAAAACCAGCUAACGAAGGCAUGUUCUGAUGCGCAAGUGUUGGGAGUAUUUGAACAAACACUUGAGUCACAUUGUAAGAAAUGAGACAAUAUAUUAAAUAUACUAAACAAAGGUAGUUUCUGUUAAGCUGUGAGUAGCUGGUUUUCGUGGCUUUGUGACACACCUUCCUGUUGAUUUUCUCCACUGAAGCAUGUGCUGCCAUCAUCUCUUUUUCUCUCAACUUCACUGUCUGUUAUUAGUGACAUUUCUCUAACUGGAUAAUACUGGCAUGUUUUUUUGUUUUGUUUUUUUUUUUUAAACUUUCACCAGAGAUGUAUUUUAGGCAGUUUGUGCUCAUUACAAAAAUAACAAGCCUUUUUAAAAUUAGGUGAUAUGAGAUUUUCAACGAAUAUGAUCCAAUAAAGUAUUUACACUGAA